UUUUCCUCUUAGGGACGAAAUGAAAACACUGAAUUACUCAGUCUGGUGUCCACAUGCUGACAGCACAGAGAACUCAGCGCUUCCCCCUUUAACAACUACCGGGUAGUUCCCUGCAAAGAAAGAGCUGAAAUGAAGAGCUCUGCACGGUCACUGGGUGCAGUAACCAAACAAGGAAAUCAUGGGACUGAGCGGGCCAAAGCCAUUCCCACCAUCACUUUUGGGAUGAAAACUUCCAGGUCAACCAAUUCUCUGGCUUUUGAGUCGCGUCUCAGCAAGUUGAAGAGAGCAAGCAGUGAUGAAAUGCUCACCAAGCCAGGGGGCAACAGCACUGCCACUACAUCCCGAAUGAAGAAGACCAUCACUACAGGAGCCAUAUCGGAGCUUACAGAGAGCAAGUUCCGCAGCGCUACCGGAACAGCUGCAAGACGAACUGGUAUCCCAGCACCAAGAGAACAGUCAACACCAGUAUCGAGGGACCGUGUGGCUCUGCGCAGUCCUGUUAAUGCCAACGCUAAAAAGACACUGCCCAGCCCUUCCUCUCCUAGUUCUCCAACGCCUUCAAAGAAUGUUCGUACCCCUACAAGGCCCAAGCAGGAAAAUGAGCAAAUCAAUAAAACAGUGCUUGAAAUGCAAGUCAAAGAACUUCUGACUGAAGCCAAAACUAAAGACUCUGAAAUUAGCAAACUCCGUACUGAACUUCAAAAAUGUAAAGACAAGGAAUCGCCAACCCCAGAGGUCCUCAACUCAAUAGGUUCUCUAGCAGAUUCAAAUGAUAUCAAUGAUGCGGCCUUAAGUGACCCUGAAGCAUUAAUAAGGACACUGCAGGAAAAGAACACACAUUCUCUGCUAGAGCUUGCCAUACUUAGGAAGGAAAAUGAAUACCUGAAGCAGAAAUUACAUGCCCUAGAGCAAUCUCCUCUUUCUGACACCAUAGCCAGCAAUGGCACAGAUAGCAGCAGCCUUCUUUCGCCAUCUACUCAAGGGACAAAUAUUGGAUGCCAAUUAAAAAGUCCAUCAGCGGAUGAGGCUGAUGAUUGCAGAAUACCAGGAAGUGGACUUCAUAUUUCUGGUUCUUCAAGCAGUGAUGUCACAAAAGCUUCCAUUUCGCCAGAUGCCUCUGAUUUUGAGCACAUAGCUGAUAUGCCUUCAAGGCCAACAUCUACAGGAAGCAUCCCAUACCAAGGCUCAAAGUGUUCUACUAGUGGAAGUUCUCCAUAUAACAUAAGUGAUCUCUCUGUUGCCUCCCUUACAGAAAGGAUACAUAAAAUGGAAGAAAACCAUCACAGUACAGCAGAAGAGCUUCAGGCAACACUGCAGGAGUUGUCAGACCAGAACCUUAUGGUGCAGGAGUUGACAAUGGAAAGUGAAAAGCUAGUAGAAGAAAAGGCAUUUCUGGAAACCUCCUUGCAGCAACAAAGACAAAGGGCAGAGCAACUUAGUAAAGAAAAUGAGAGACUGAUGGGGCUCUUAAAAGACAGGGCAAAAACUGAAGAAACAGAGAUCCAUGGCAAACUUAUGGAGACAGAAAAGAAGUAUUCAGAAUUAGUUGAGAAAUCACAAUUUGAAAGGGAGAAGCUGCUCAAUAUUCAGCAGCAGUUAACCAGCAGCCUUAGAAGCUUGGAGAAAGAACACCAGGAGGCACAAGCCAUUAGAAAAAAGCUUGAGGAAGAGGUAGAUAAACAGCACCGUCUCCUUGACAUAGAAAAGAAAGAAAAAAACGUAACAGGGAAGGCCUUUGAGGACCAAAAAGUCACAGCUGAAGGCCUUAAGAUAGAAAAUAACUGCUUGAAGUCUCAGCUGGAGGGUGAGCGCCAGAAAGCAGCAGAAAUGACGGCAGUGGGGAAAGGAAGCGGGAAUGGAAACACUGAGGUCCAGGAGAUGUUAAAGUCGGCUCAUGCUGAGAAAGAACAUUUGGAACUUGCAUGCUCAGAACUUCGCCAAGAGCUGCUGAGGGCUAACAGUGAAGUAAAGCAGCUGCAGUGUCUCCUGGCAAAGGUGGAGACAGAGUGCCAUGAUCUGAAGGAGGUGGGAGACCUGAGGGAAGAACAGCUGAAAUGUGCCAACCUGAAGCUGCAGGAGAGGAGUUUGGAGAAGGAGACUGAGAUCAAGGACAUGAAGGAGACCAUCUUUGAGCUGGAGGACCAAGUGGAGCAGCACCGAGCUGUCAAACUGCACAACAACCAGCUCAUUAGUGACCUGGAAAAGAAAGUUGACAAAUUGGAAGAACAAAAACAAGACUUGGAGAGACAACUGAAACUCCUGAAUAAACAGAUGAAGGAAGAUGCUGAGGAGUGGAGGCACUUUCAGGCAGAUCUGCAGACAGCAGUGGUGGUGGCGAACGAUAUCAAGUGUGAGUCGCAGCAGGAACUACGUGCAGUGAAACGGCGCCUGCAGGAGGAAGAGGAGAGGAAUAGCUGUUUAUACAGGGAGCUGGAGGAGCUGCAGGGCAGCAGCAGGCAAUCUUCAAGUGAGGUGGAAACUGCAGAUGGAGACAACAGUAUCCUCUGGCCGAGUGUUGGCCAUACCCAAGCACCAGCUUCAUCUUCUGAACCAGCCAUUGUCAAGUCCUUAAUCAAAUCAUUUGACUUGGCAAAUCCAGGUGGGGUUGCUCAGAAUAUCCCGGGCCACUCGGUCCCCCGCAGUCCGUUGAGUGUCAUUCCCAUGAGGACGGCUCCAGCGGCUGCAGUUUCCCCCAUACAGAGGCUUUCAGUAACCGGCAAUAGCAAGUUGUCCGGCAAAGAAGCAGAGAGACAAUUGGAUAAUGCAGAUAACUUAAAGGGACAAAGAGACGGAUUUACACCUGAUCGGUUUCCUCGUAAGAGUCCAUCGCUGGAGUCACUGAAUACACAUACAGCACUAAGCUUUGGCUCAAGAACGUCUCCAAGUGGCCCGGAUAGCUGGAGUCAUCAAAGUAAAUUAAGUGUGGAAAGAAAGGACCCACUAGCUGCAUUGGCGAGAGAAUACGGUGGUUCCAAGAGGAAUGCUCUACUGAAAUGGUGCCAAAAGAAAACUGAGGGGUACUCGAACAUCGACAUCACAAAUUUUAGCAGUAGCUGGAGUGAUGGUUUGGCGUUCUGCGCCCUCCUGCACACGUACCUCCCUGCGCACAUUCCCUACCUGGAGCUCAACGGCCAAGAUAAGAAAAGAAAUUUAAUGCUGGCAUUUCAGGCCGCUGAAAGUGUUGGAAUCAAAACCAGUCUGGAGCUUAAUGAGAUGAUGUUCACAGAUCGCCCGGACUGGCAGUGCGUGAUGCACUAUGUGGCGCAGAUUUACAAGUACUUUGAGACCUAGAAGAUGAUUGGACAGAAUCUGACAUUAGCAAAAAGCACACAUUCACUUUAUUGCCCAGGCCUGUCUCACGAGGGGCAAGAACGGAGAUCCGUCUCUGUCUAUAUCACUAAUGGGGGAUCCGCUGGAAGUGCACAUGAAUGGAAUUGCCUAUUAAGAAUACCACUAAAACCUGCAGACUAUACAACGUGCAGUAACUAUUCUGCUUGCUGAUAACUAUAACUAUGACUUAAUAGCUAACAACAUGAAGUUUACUACAGCCAUGGACCAUACCCUUCUUCCUCUUGGAGUCCCAUAGUGUGGAGGAAGUGGGGAGCUUUUCUGCUCUACGUGCAAGAGCGUUGGAGUUGCACCAAGAACAUUUUACAGGGACUGACCAGGAAGAAAACAUUUGCUUCUGCUCCUUUUCUCUAACACAUGACACUAACAUCAUAAAAUGCCUGGUCUUAUCUUGGUGGGUCUAAGCACAAAGAACCAGCAGCCAACAGAAAUCAUUGGUUAUAUGAAGGUGUGAUGUUACUAGGUUAAAGCACUCAUCAUAAAAUACUGUAUAGUAAGUAUGGAAACAAUCCUAUGGAUUUAAUAAAGCAAAGGACUGCACAUUUGUAAACUUUGGCAUGAGCAGAUGGAAACACUACUAUUAAAAAUAAAGGUAUAAUACCUUCA